CAGUCUGUGGCCUGGGUACCCCUGCAAUGCAUACCCAGAACAUCCCAGUUCACUGAUAUUGACUCAGGUACCCCUCCCUUGCCUGCUCCUUCCCGCCCCAACUAAGACCACAGGCUGAGGGGGUACCUGUGCCAUUCCUGGAGCCUCGAGGGAACUGAGGGACCUGGCGCUGGCAUAGGGCUUGUGGCCUGAGCGGGGUGGGGGCUGGGCCCGGUGUGAGCAGUACGGGGGAGGGGAGAGGUGGAUGGAGGGUGGAAUUGGCCUCCCUGUCAGCACUGGUGGGCCCAGGCUGGCUUCUGCUGGCUCCUGGGAGGAGCUUGGCAUGCCCUUAGCAGGUCACUUGCCCCCUGCAUAGCCUGAGGCUGGACUGAGGUGGGGGUCUGAGUGUGGUCCUGGCCCCAGAACUAAAACAUGAGCAUUUUUCUGGUGGUGCAGCAUCAGUUUUAUCAAAUUCUCACAAAAAUCCUUGACUCAGGAAAGGUUCAGAAGCCCUCACUGAGUGACAAACUCACUCCCCAGCCCCAAGAAAACAAUAACCCAGGCCUUCCGGUUUCGUCUGGGAGGUGGGAGUGGGGAGAGGACACAAGGGCUGCACUCAUCCACAAGCAUGGAGCCAGGAGCUGAGCUGCCCAUCAGCCACACAUCCUUGCCCUCCACAUGUCCCACCCUCCCAGCCCUGGUCAGGCGGAGGCCCCUGAGCUGCCUUCAUUUCCGUCAACCACACCUCUGCACAGUCUCAACCACAGCCUCUUUGUUGCUCUGUCAGAGCUCCAGUUCUGCCCUGGCUGAGGCCCUGCAACCCAUCGGAACCCUGGGUUGGUGCAGGGCAGGGGGUUGUGCUGAUCAAGGUCAAACCUAUGGAAGCAUGAGCUGCCCUGCGCUGACCCAUGGCAGCAAACAGGCCAUGCCCCUGUCUGUACCAGCUGGGUCGACCCUCCUGUGUGUUUCUAUGACAACAGCUCAACCAGUCAGCUUCCAUGCUGGGCUGUGGACAGGAGGGUGAAGCAUCACUAUGGCUAUGGACUGGGGACGGGCCCUCGGGCCCAGCACUGGAGGCCUUGACAGUAGCAUGGCCGUCAACACCGUGAUGUGUCAAGGCCCUGUUGUGUCCACUGCCUGAUUCCACUGUCCCUGUGUCCCAGGGCAGGCAAAAGGACCAACCCUACCUAGAGAGGGGUCAACCUAGGCUGAGAGGGGCAGGGCUCAGUCUAGGGCUCUGUGCCUGACCCCUCACUAUCAGGGUCUGCAGGGUGGCAGGUGUGCAGAGGGCAACUGGAGCCCUGUCAGGGUGCUGGGAGCGUAAGGGAGCUGCUGUGGGGCCCAUCCACACGCACUGGGACCCACGUCAACCUUCACCAUCCAUUGCUGCCCCCUUGAGCCCCUCUCCUCCCACCGCCACUGGCUGCCCCCUAGCUGGAGCCCUGGGUCAGGAGAACUUGCCCAGCAGCACCAGCCCUGUGCAGGUUGGCACUCUGUGCCGUAGCAUGCCAGAGUCCUCCCCUGCUCACCCUGAGCCCCAGAAUGAGGCUUCAGGCCCUGGCCCCUUUACCACCCACAGGUGACCCAGCCCACUUUGCCCUUGGACAAGAUCUGUCUGCGCAUGGCAUCCAGCACAGCAGGGGAUGCCCCAAGGCUAGGGGUGGAAGCCCCAUGACUGGGCAGCUUGGGGUGUGGCCAGGCCAGUGUGAAGAGUUCAGGACAAGUUCAGGGUGCUGGCCAAGCAGCGUCUGUGCCCUGUGACUCUGGGCCCAGCCCAGCCUGCCCUGUGCCUGUUCCCUCAGAUGUGUGACCACUCUGGACUCCUGUUCCGUGCUCCCCCUUACUCCUGGGUCCCUCUGGCUUUGGCAGUGGCCUCGGCAGGGGCCUGCCUCAGCCUUGGCUUCUUCCUGGGGGCUUGAGGCCCAAACCUGCUUCUCCAAGCCCUGCAGGUGUUCCUCCAUCUUCUGCUCAGCAGGUGGGGCUGGGCCUCCUAGGGCUCUGAGGUGCCCUAUGUGGGGGCCUUGACCAGGAGGUACUGACCCCACAGGCUUUUUGAAAGGUCAGGGGUUGUCAUGGAGAUGGGGUGGGGGUGGCUCUGGGCUGCUCUCUGUCCUGCAACACCCAGGAUGGCCAGUUCUUGGAGUGAUGCUGCAUUGUGCCCUUGCUGAAUAGCUGUGGCCUUGAGACAUCAAGGAAGGCCUCACUGAGGCCAGCAGACCCUGGGGCAGGCCACAGGAAGAGCGGGUGCAAAGAUACAGGGUUGGAAAGUGUCCCAGGGUCCUACUGGGUGGAGACACAAGGUCUGUGGGGCAGCAGGGCCAUGCUGGGGCUGUGUGUGUCUGUGUGUCCAAAGGACUAAGGAGAGGGUUGCGGAGGGGUUGGCAGGCAGAGGUGAGGCCAGGAGGCCCUGUGGGGUCUGAGGUGGAGGAGAGCUUGGAUCUGCCUCCUGGGGGUGGGGAGUUCCUCCUGCUCCUCCUCCUGCUGCCCUCACACAUGAUUUUCUCACCAGACUGGGCCUGGCCUUCAGCUCCUGGGACAAGCCUGACCUGAAGUCUUCCUCUCAGUAGGGGCUGCAAGGACACUGUUCCUGCCACUGCCAGGGCAUCAGGAAGGGCAUUCAUGGAGUGGCCUAGCACAUGUCCCAAGAGAGGGACAGGGACCCCUAACACUGGACGUGCAUGAAACACACACAAAAAAAACCACCCAACAACUGGUGCAGGAGCAGCAACCAUCCAGCCACGUCUGACCUGACCCUCCAAGGGGACCCUGGCGCGGGCCCACCAGCGGUGCCGCCUGCUCCCUCCGCAGUCAGGAGUGGCUCGGGGGUGGCGGUGUCUAAAGGGGCUGGUUGCCAUGGCUACCAUAGGGUUCCGAGGCCGUCAUCUGGUCCCUGCCUCAGCCAAUCGGCGGUGGGAGCCCGAGCUGCAGCCUAGAGUCACGCUUCUUCCUUGCAGCCACACAGUGGCCAAGAGCAGGGACCCGCUUCCUGGAGUGGCUCAGAGUGCUCGGACGGACAGCCAGGCCCAGCAUGGCGGAGCGCGGGCCGGUGGGGCGGGAGCAGGCACACGGAGCCAGGCAGGUGAGAUUUCACGUAGAGGCGGCAUCAAAGACCCCCAACUGGCCGAGGCCCUGGGCGUAACAGCUGCCCGGCCACUGCUCCCAGGGCUAGGCAACAGGCAUGUCAAGGCAGUGCGAUUUCAGAAGCAUUUUUUCGAGAAGAAAAAAAAAGGCGGAAAAAAAGGAAAAAACGUCCACCUAUAACGGGGAGUGGUCAGCCCAAGAUGGAUCAGAAGCGCCAAAUCCCAUUACUCGGGACUUCAGAGGACGGGCCCGAAAAGGCAGCUGCGAUUAAGAGCUUGUAAAUGGAGUGUCCUUUGGAGAUCAAAGAGGGACGCGCUCGUGUGUGUGUGCGCGUGUGCACGCGUGUGUGCAGGAACGCGCGUUGAGGGGCGCUGGCCGUGGGGCUGUGCGCCAUGGCAUGGUGGAGCCCGGAGUGUCACCUGCCGGCCAUGGCCGCACUCCAUGUUGCAGUGUCCUUGCUGCUGUGUGUGACGUGUGGAUGCCCCUGGGGGGGUGGGCCCGUGCAGGCAAGGGCUGGUGCCCACCACCCACACCUGGCGUUGGGCAGCGGGCCCUCUGGAAGGAGGUCCUGCCUGGGCCUUGGCCCCCAACCUGAGCCUCCAUUUUCUUCUCCUGGAGUCUGGUCUCGUCUCCACGUUGGGCCCAGACGGGCCUGGCAGGAGCCGAGCGCUCAGGCCCGCCAUGGCCGAGCCGGGUGUGAAGACGGGCGGAGGCUGCCUGUAAUCACCCCAACCGUCCUGCUGCCCGCAGAGGCUGAGGGCUCCCAGAUGGCCUGGCGAGUGUGUCUCGGAGGUUCAAAGCCUCCGUCAGUGCGAUUGUUAGGUUAUUAGGUAAACUCUGAGAAGCAAAUCUUUUAAUCCACUGUGGCUAAUCCAGUGCACUUUUGUUUGCCAUGACAGAUUCUGCAGCAACAAAGGGGCCAGAGGGACCCGGCAUACAUAAUCACAUACUUACAACUGGUCCGCGGCAGCCGCAGGGCUCCUAGGCAGCCGAGAGAGACAUCGAAGGAUGGCAAAGUGGAGGCUUGGCACUGGGACUGAGGUUGCUCCUGGGCAUCUGUCUGCGGCAGCUUCGGCUGUAGGCUGGCAAGAGAACUCCAGGCAACAAGAGGGAUGCAAAAUGGCAGCCUGGAGGACACACCUGCCCCCAGGUGGGAAGGGUGAGAGGAGCCAGACACAGGUGGAAAGAGGUGGGGGACCUGCCUGAGGCAGAGUCGGGGCCCUGGGAGGCCCCAGCCCAGGGUGGUCAUGGAGCUGGCCAGCCCAGGAAGCUCAAGGUGGCACCUUCUUGCUGGUCCCAAGGCCGACUCGGGGCGACCACGGCAGUCACACCCUGCCUGACACUGCCCCAUGGGUCAGCUCUGUCCCAUACCCCAGGAUCCUCACCUGAGGCUGGCCUCACUCUGAUGGAUUAAUUUAUACUGACCGUUGAUGGGACGAUAGCCUGCUGCAGAGCUUCCUGGUUUUCCUAAGAUCUCAACAGUAACGUUGUUGUAGACCUUCUUCCUGAUGUGUGAAGAGACUGGAGCCUGCCUUAAUUGCCCUCCAGCAAUGACCGGUAUUAAUGCUCUGGGGUAGUUCCUGCCUUUAUAGGCACAUUCUCUGCGUCCACCCAAGUGGGUACCGUGUGCAUGGGCUCCAAGCCUUUCUACUUGGUGGUGUCUCUCACGCCCUUGGUGUGAUGUCUCCACAUCCUUUGUUGAACUUGUGAUGGGGGAACACCUGGCCCUCCUCCCUGAGCUCAGAACUGAUGGAAAAAGGACACUCAAGACAAAACAUGGAGCCCAGGGGUCUAGGUUCAUGGCCAGGAAGGUGGCUGGCCUCUGUGGCUGGGGCCGCCUCUCAGAAGGGAAGUCCACUUGCACUUGUCAGAACUGAUGAGCCAAGGCUGCUUCCCUCUCCAGGUCCUCACCUGCCUGCCCACUGUGCACUCCCACUGUGCACACCUGGGGCCAGGCAGAAGAGCUGAAAAUGCAGAGCCCAGAAGGGGCUCAGCCUGAAGCUUGCAACUCCCUCCAGAAGCCUGACUCAGAACAGCCCCUCCUUGCCCUCCCCUCCUGGGAGUCAGGAGUUGUGCGGAUCUGACGUGCAGUAGCCUGUCUGCGGGGCUCAUCCCCCACACAUGGCGCCAUGCUGGACGCCCCUCAACAUACCACCUUGGUGCAUCUUGGAUGAUUCCCAAGGAUUAAUUCUUGGCGAGGGCCCCGAGGAGCCAGAGGCACGAGGGCCCUGUUCUGGUCCCAGGGCCUGGGGACAUCUGCCACCAUGGGCCAGGAGGAGGAUGGAUGUGGACACGACCCUGGGAGCCUGGCCUGGCCACAGCAGCAGCUCUGCAGAACCAAGCGGCUUUAGGAAACUGGAGCCCUGUGACUCGAAUGAGGAGAAGAGGCUGAAGCUGGCCAGAGCUAUCUACCGCAAGUACAUCCUCGAUAACAAUGGCAUUGUGUCCAGGCAGACCAAGCCAGCCACCAAGAGCUUCAUAAAGGACUGCAUCAUGAAGCAGCAGAUUGAUCCUGCCAUGUUCGACCAGGCCCAGACGGAAAUCCAGUCUACCAUGGAGGAGAACACCUACCCCUCGUUCCUCAAGUCCGAUAUUUAUUUGGAGUACACGAGGACAGGCUCGGAGAGCCCAAAGCUCUGCAGUGACCAGAGCUCCGGGUCGGGGACAGGGAAGGGAGUACCUGGAUACCUACCCACUUUGAACGAAGAUGAGGAAUGGAAAUGUGACCAAGACGUAGACGAAGACGAUGGCAGAGACCCUGCUCCCCCCGGCAGGCUCACGCAGAAGCUGCUCCUGGAAACCGCCGCCCCGAGGGCCUCCUCAAGUAGACGGUACAGCGAAGGCAGAGAGUUCAGGUGUGGAAGCCAGGCGUGGUCACAGAACCAGCCGAAGGCGGAGUGGGGCUGGUUCCUGCUGACGACGACGGGCAGGUAUGGAUCCUGGCGGGAGCCUGUCAACCCCUACUAUGUCAACUCCGGCUAUGCCCUCGCCCCAGCAACCAGCGCCAACGACAGUGAGCAGCAGAGCCUGUCCAGCGAUGCUGACAGCCUGUCCCUCACCGACAGCAGCGUGGAUGGAGUCCCACCUUACAGGAUCCGCAAGCAGCACCGCCGGGAGAUGCAGGAGAGCGUCCAGGUCAACGGGCGCGUGCCUCUACCUCACAUUCCUCGCACGUACCGAAUGCCAAAGGAAGUCCGUGUGGAGCCCCAGAAGUUUGCCGCAGAGCUCAUCCACCGCCUGGAGGCUGUGCAGCGGACGCGGGAGGCCGAGGAAAAGCUGGAGGAGCGGCUGAAGCGCGUCCGGAUGGAGGAAGAAGGUGAGGAUGGUGAUAUGUCCUCUGGCCCCCCAGGGGCCAGUCAUAAGCUGCCUUCAGCCCCGGCCUGGCACCACUUCCCACCCCGCUAUGCGGAUGUGAGCUGUGUGGGGCUGCGGGAUGCACACGAGGAGAACCCGGAGAGCAUCCUGGACGAGCAUGUGCAGCGAGUCAUGAGGACACCGGGCUGCCAGUCACCAGGGCCCGGCCACCGCUCCCCGGACAGUGCACACAUGCCCAAGAUGGGAGCGCUAGGAGGCACAGUGCCCGGGCAUGGAAAGCACGUGCCCAAGUCGGGGGCGAAGCUGGACACAGCUGGCCUGCACCUCCACAGACACGGCCACCACCACGGCCACCAUGGCUCAGCUAGGCCCAAGGAGCCUGCCGAGGCCGAGGCCUCCCGCCGGGUCCAGAGCAGCUUCGCGUGGGGCCCAGAGCUGCACGGCCACGCGGCCAAGCCCCGAAGCCACGUGGAGAGCAUGGGCGCCGCCCCCACCACCAGUGACAGCCUGGCCUACAGCGGGAAGGCAAGCAUGACCUCCAAAAGAAACUCCAAGAAGGCUGAGUCGGGGAAGAGCACCAGCGUGGAGGCGCCAGGCCCCUCUGAGGAUGCAGAGAAGAACCAGAAAAUCAUGCAGUGGAUCAUCGAGGGCGAGAAGGAGAUCAGCAGGCACCGGAAGGCUGGCCACGGGUCGUCCGGGGCAAAAAAGCAGCAGGCCCACGAGAGCUCCCGGCCCUUGUCCAUCGAGCGCCCCGGGGCCGUGCACCCCUGGGUCAGCGCCCAGCUCCGGACCUCCGUGCAGCCUUCGCAUCUCUUCAUCCAGGACCCCACGAUGCCGCCCAACCCGGCCCCCAACCCUCUGACGCAGCUGGAGGAGGCCCGCCGGCGCCUGGAGGAGGAGGAGAAGAGGGCCAGCAAGGCGCCCUCGAGGCAGAGGUAUGUGCAGGAGGUCAUCCAGCGGGGGCGCUCCUGUGUCAGGCCAGCGUGCACGCCCGUGCUGAGCGUGGUGCCAGCGGUGUCCGACCUGGAGCUCUCCGAGACAGAGACAAAAUCGCAGAGGAAGGCAGGCGGUGGGAGUGCCCAGUCGUGUGACAGCAUCGUCGUGGCCUACUAUUUCUGUGGGGAGCCCAUCCCCUACCGGACCCUGGUGAGGGGCCGUGCGGUCACCCUGGGCCAGUUCAAGGAGCUGCUGACCAAGAAAGGCAACUACAGAUACUACUUCAAGAAGGUGAGCGACGAGUUCGAAUGCGGUGUGGUGUUCGAGGAGGUGCGUGAGGAUGGGGCCGUGCUGCCCGUCUUCGAGGAGAAGGUCAUCGGCAAGGUGGAGAAGGUGGACUGACGGGCGGGCCUGGCCUCCGCGCUGCGCACCAUGAGGGCCUGUGCCGGGUUGCAAGAGUGUGGCAGACACACGGCUGCUGGCGGAAGGCCAGGUGCUGCCCGCCUCACAGCUGCCGCCUCUUUGGUCCAUCUGUGUCCAGGAGGGCGGGGGGUCCCUCUGGGGUCCCACAGGCUUCCACCCACUCCUCUGCAGGACACUCAAGAGCCCACCCAGCAGGGAGCCCACCAUGGGGCCGCCUUGAGACCCUCCCCCGCGGCCCCCUGCUGCUAACCGCGGACGCCCCCGGCGCUCACCCCACAGGCUCUGCUUCUUCUUCUGGGACUCGCCCGCCAUGGCCUGCCCUGGUCAGGCCUGUCCCAGAGCCGGGGUGCAGGGGGCCCCGUGGGGCCUCUGUCCAUUGUACAUGUCACCGAGUGCCUUCAACACAGCUUGUCUCUUGCCUCACUGUGUGGACCCGGCGACGGAGCACCGAGGCCCAAGCGUGGGCUCAGCGGGUCCCGGGCCCCUUCCUCCUAAGGGCCCAUGUAAAUAUGUACAUUUCUCAGGCCUGGGCCAGCGGGGAGGGGCUGCCCCAAGCCCGUUUUUCAUGCGCUGACUUGUACAAUUAUCUUUUCAAAGGUACUUGGAUAAUAAUGAAAUAAAACCAUUUUUGAAUCUUC